CGCCAUGGCAAAGUCGAUAAUCGGCGCCCUCGCGCUGGCCUCGCUGCCGUCCGCCCUCGCCUUCCGCAACACGUCGCCCUACUUCCUCUUCUCCACCGCCGACUUGAACAUCCCCUCCGACGAUGCCGACGUCGCCCGCGCCAAUGCUGUCGUUGACCAGAUGGCCUCGGCCCUCAAAGGCUGCCCUACCAAGACAUACUUUGUUGUGCGCCAGAACGGUGUCUCCUCCGCCGACUUCAGCGAUGCGCAUCGAUCCGCGCCCCGACUAGCCAGCCAUCUGAGCGGCAAGAGCGGAUUUGUGAAGAGCACCAUGGUCGUGCCUGAGGUCAUUGAAGAGAACUUCACGGCGGCAGGCAUCACCAAGUACCUGCAGAGCAAGUGCGGGGCCGAAGUGCUAUCAGAAGACGCGACUGCCUCAACCAGCGAUAAGCAGCGCAUCGUGGAAGUGACGUUUACUGCGCCUCCGCCAGACAAGGACCUGAGGGCUCCCGAACUAGGCCAACGGGAUGCCGAGCUGCAGAAGCUCAUCUCGAAACACGCCGACUUCGAAGACUUCACCGUCAUCUACACCUCGACACCUCAGACCAAGUUUCAGUCGGAGCACCCACCUUACGAGAUGGAGAAUCCCUUCGGCGGUGCAGUACAGAUGGAAUUGAAGCGCGAUCUCUCCUCGCACAAGCGCGCCGAGAAGAGCAAGGCUGGCCUCUUCGAGAGAUACCAGUACUUCACACCGGGACUCUUCAUGGGGCUGUCCGCCAUGGUCCCGCUUUUCCUCAUUGUCCUGGUUGGUGUCAAGGCGCUUCUGAGCCUCGAGGUCUCGUACUUCGCCUUCAGCAAGGAGAUGGGCCCGGCUGCUCAGAGGCAGCAGAAGUAAAUGGGUCAGUGGAGGAAGGGUGUACAUUCUGUAACAUGUAUGAGAGCAUUGGCAC